CUUUCUGAUCUGGGAGGUUUUGGGUGUUUUUGGCUUCUGAGCUUGCUUUGUUUUGGUCGAGAACUGAAUCUUUUGAAAAGGGCUUAACGACUUUCAGGAUUAAACUGAUUUUUACUGACUGUUACUGUUACUGUUACAUUUCUCAGUAGAAAACGAAAUAGGACUGUAGGAGUUGGGUAAUUGGGUGAUGGCUCGAUUGAUUCUGCCUUGCAAGACUCCAACUUUGUCAAAGACUUGUUUCUUGGGUUUGGUAUCCUCUACUCCUUUCCAGGUGACUCGUCGUGUUGCUUGUCGGCAUUCUUUCAAUGAUAUCUUAAAGCAUAGGUGGAUUGUAGGUUUUGAGGCUACUCAGCGGAGGAAUUAUAGGGUUCCAUCUUAUACGUUAUCUGGUGCUAAGAAAUUCAACCAGAGGUUAAUUUGCUCAGUCGCAACAGAACCAGUGCCGAAGCAAGUUGAGGAGCCUAGUAUGAAAACACCAAAAGAAAUUUUCCUCAAAGAUUACAAGCAGCCUGACUUCUAUUUUGAUACGGUGGAUUUGAAAUUUUCCCUGGGAGAGGAGAAAACAAUCGUAUCUUCCAAAAUAAGUGUCUACCCCAGAGUUGAAGGUGGUUCUUCCCCAUUGGUCUUAGACGGACAAGAUCUCAAGUUGAUUUCAGUAACUAUAGAUGGCAAGGCUUUGAAGGAGGAAGAAUAUUGCUUGAACCCACGCCACCUGACUCUUGUAUCACCUCCCAGUGGCAGAUUCACAUUGGAAAUCGUUACUGAAAUACUGCCUCAGAAGAACACUUCCCUUGAGGGGCUGUAUAAGUCAUCUAGUAACUUUUGCACACAAUGUGAAGCUGAAGGUUUCCGAAAAAUUACAUUCUAUCAGGAUCGUCCUGACAUAAUGGCAAAGUACACUUGUCGUAUUGAAGCUGACAAGUCCUUAUACCCUGUUUUGUUGUCUAAUGGAAAUCUCAUUGAGCAAGGAGACCUACAGGGGGGCAGGCAUUAUGCUGUAUGGGAGGAUCCCUUUAAGAAACCAUGUUAUCUGUUCGCACUAGUUGCUGGACAGUUGGAGAGCAGAGAUGAUACUUUUAUUACUCGAUCAGGGCGUAAGGUCUUACUUAAAAUCUGGACCCCAGCACAGGAUCUGCCCAAGACAGCCCAUGCCAUGUAUUCUCUGAAAGCUGCUAUGAAAUGGGAUGAAGAUGUCUUUGGGCUUGAGUAUGACCUGGAUCUCUUCAAUAUUGUUGCUGUUCCAGAUUUUAACAUGGGUGCCAUGGAAAAUAAGAGUUUGAAUAUUUUCAAUUCCAAGCUUGUCUUGGCAUCUCCGGAAACUGCAAGUGAUGGAGACUAUGCUGCAAUUUUGGGUGUGAUUGGGCAUGAGUAUUUUCACAACUGGACAGGCAAUAGAGUGACAUGUCGUGACUGGUUCCAGCUUAGUUUGAAAGAAGGGCUCACUGUCUUCCGUGAUCAGGAAUUUUCAUCUGAUAUGGGCAGCCGUACUGUGAAGAGAAUAGCUGAUGUUUCGAAGCUUCGAAUUUAUCAAUAUCCUCAGGAUGCUGGUCCCAUGGCUCAUCCCGUUCGACCUCACUCUUAUAUCAAGAUGGACAACUUCUAUACAGUAACGGUGUAUGAAAAGGGAGCUGAAGUUGUGAGGAUGUACAAAACCCUUUUGGGGAAGGAAGGAUUUAGAAAAGGAAUGGAUCUCUAUUUCAAGAGGCAUGAUGGUCAAGCUGUUACUUGUGAAGAAUUUUUUGCAGCCAUGAGAGAUGCAAAUGGUGCUGAUUUUUCCAACUUUUUGCUGUGGUACUCUCAAGCUGGAACUCCUUCUUUGAAGGUUGCCUCUGCAUACAAUCCUGAAGCUCGUACUUAUUCUUUGAAGUUUAGCCAGGAGGUUCCCCAAACCCCAGGGCAGCCAGUGAAAGAGCCUAUGUUUAUUCCUGUUGCCAUAGGUCUGCUUGAUUCAACUGGCAAGGACAUAGCUCUGUCUUCUGUGUAUCAUGAUGGAAAGUUGGAGCAACUUGGUAGCAAUAGUCAACCAGUCUAUACUACCAUUCUCAGAGUAACAAAGAAAGAAGAAGAAUUCAUUUUCAAUGAUAUAUCUGAGCGGCCGAUUCCAUCCUUGUUACGAGGUUUUAGCGCUCCUGUGAGGCUUCACUCUGAUCUAACCGAUAGUGAUCUAUUCUUCCUCCUUGCUCAUGAUUCUGAUGAGUUCAACCGUUGGGAAGCCGGGCAGAUCUUGGCUAGGAAGCUUAUGCUUAGCCUGGUGGGUGAUUUCCAGGAGAGUAAGACCUUGGUUCUGAACCCACAAUUUGUACAAGGACUCAGAAGCAUACUUUGUGAUUCAAGCCUGGACAAGGAGUUUAUCUCAAAGGCAAUAACCCUGCCUGGAGAGGGAGAGAUUAUGGACAUGAUGGAAGUUGCUGACCCAGAUGCUGUUCAUGCUGUUCGAAAUUUCAUCAGAAAGGAGCUUGCUUCUGCAUUAAAAGAAGAGUUCCUCAACACAGUGAAAAGUAACUGCAGCUCAGAACCAUAUGAGUUUAACCAUCCCAAUAUGGCUAGGCGUGCCCUCAAAAAUACUGCCCUUGCAUAUCUUGGGUCUCUUUCUGAUCCAGAAGUUACAGAGCUUUUACUAAAUGAAUAUAGGACUGCUACCAAUAUGACGGAGCAGUUUGCAGCUCUUGUUGCCAUUGAACAGAAGCCUGGCGAAAUUCGUGAUCAAGUUUUGGCUGAUUUCUACAACAAAUGGCAGCAUGACUUUUUGGUUGUAAACAAGUGGUUUGCACUUCAAGCCGCAUCAGAUAUUCCUGGGAAUGUUGAAAAUGUCAAGAAGCUUCUAGCACAUCCUGCCUUUGAUUUGCGCAAUCCAAACAAGGUAUAUUCAUUAAUUGGAGGGUUUUGUGGAUCACGAGUCAACUUCCAUGCAAAAGAUGGAUCAGGGUACAAAUUCUUGGGGGAGAUCGUAGUGCAGCUUGACAAAUUGAAUCCUCAGGUGGCUUCUCGAAUGGUGUCAGCCUUCUCAAGGUGGAAGCGUUAUGAUGAAACUCGGCAAAAUCUUGCCAAGGCACAGCUCGAGAUGAUCUCGUCCUCCAAUGGGCUUUCAGAGAAUGUGUAUGAGAUCGCAUCAAAGAGCUUAGCAGCAUAAGUUGAUCCUGCUUACCAGCCGGGUGGUCGAGAUUCCCAUAAGAGAGAGCUUGCUUGUUUCACUAAAGACAACUGCCUUAGCAUGUCCAGAGAAACCUGUUUCAGAAAGGGGAAAAAUAAAAAUAAAAAUUACAACAGUGAAAAUUGUUUACUAUACUAAAGUUUAAGUGUUAUUUUGCAGAUCCAGUUUUAGAUUUGUUUUCUUCUUCCACCUUUGGAGUGAAAAUUUUCUAUGGCAACUAACUCCCUAUAUCAUCAGUUCUUCACAUGAAACACAGCUCAUCUGGUUGUGUAAUGUAAUGCGUGGGGCAGACGUCGUGACAAAGGUUCAAAAGCAUCAAAGCAAGAACCUUUCUUUCACAGGAUUCCUGUGAAAUCUUUGCUUAGUCUAUUGGUCAUGACAUUCACAAGUCAAGAAUGACUUGCAAUAAAAAUGCGACCGAUCUCGUUCCCCUGUUUC